AUGGCCGGGCGGGCGCCGUUCACCAACCUCGACCCCGUGACGGCGGCCGACUUGCAGCGCAAGGGCUUCGACCCGCUCGAGCUGGACCGAGCCACGGAGCAGCUGCUCACGUACGUCUACACCAGCCUCAUCCCCGACUUCCCCUUCCUCGCCACCGGCCGGCUCGCCGCCCGCCCCGCCUCCGACGGCGUCGACGGCAUCAGCCGCCUCCCGCGCGCGCUCCUGCGCAACAUCGUCUCCCGCCUCCCCGUCACGGACGCCGCGCGCACGGCCGUGCUCUCCUCCCGCUGGCGCACGGUCUGGCUCUCCGCGCCGCCCGUCCUGGUCGACGCCUACCUCCGGGAGGACGACUACGCCUGGCCCCCCACGCCGGCCAACUCGCCCGCCAUCACCGCCGCCGUCUCCCGCAUCCUCGAGGCGCACCCGGGGCCCUUCCGCUGCGUCUCCGCCUUGUCAGCCAGAGCCUACGGUGUGUGCAGAUCUGCGGUUCUGUUGUGGAAGACAUUGCCGUGGUGA